CUCUCUCUCUCUCUCUCUCUCUCGUGUUGUACUGGCGAAAAGAUCGACAACAGCGACAUCAUGCUGAGGACUGCUGCAGUUGCUGCUGCUCGCGGAGCCAAAACAUCUCGCAGCGUGGGUUGCCUCGUUGCGGAAGGGAGAGGCUUCUUGACGUGGAACAGCCUACCGGAGGAGCACACGAUGCUUCGGGAUAUGUGCCGCAGCUUUGCGGACAACGAGCUCGCUCCCAACGCCGGAGAGUGGGACAAGAACCAUACCUUUCCUAAGGAUCAGGUUGCGCAGCUAGGCGAACUUGGGUUGAUGGGAGUGGCCAUUGGCGAAGAGGACGGUGGCACUGGCCUGGACUACCUAGCGUACGCGAUCGCGAUGGAGGAAAUCAGCAGAGGCUGCGCAUCCACAGGGGUGAUCAUGAGUGUCAACAACUCUUUAUACUGCGCCCCGAUAGAAAAGUUCGGGAGCCCGGAGCAGAAAGACGAGCACCUCAAGCCCUUUGCAUCUGGCGCGUCGUUGGGGUGCUUUGCCCUCUCGGAGCCUGGGAACGGGAGCGAUGCAGGCGCGGCGCGAACGACGGCUCGACUCGAGGGCGACCAGUGGGUGCUCGACGGGACCAAGGCCUGGAUCACCAACGCGCAUGACGCUCAGUCAUCCAUCGUCUUCGCCACCACCGACAGCUCCAAAAAGCACAAGGGGAUCAGCGCCUUCAUAAUUCCGUUGGAAACCCCAGGCAUGUCCUUGGGGAAGAAGGAGGACAAGUUGGGCAUCAGGGCGUCCUCCACCGCUAACCUCAUCAUGGAGGGCUGUAGGAUCCCCAAGGCUAACCUGCUCGGGGAAGAGGGCAUGGGCUUCAAGAUUGCCAUGGGAACUCUAGACGCGGGAAGAAUCGGGAUCGCUGGACAGGCUCUGGGAAUUGCCGCAGCGAGCUUGGACUGCGCCGUGAAGUACUCCAUGGAGAGGAAGUCGUUCGGACAGCCCAUCUGCGGCCUCUACGCGAUACAGAGCAAGAUUUCCGAGAUGAGCAUGAAGCUUGACGCUGCCCGGCUACUAACCUGGAAAGCUGCGGCGGCCCGCGAUGCCGGAGAGAACUACACUAAGGAGGCGGCGAUGGCCAAGCUCUUCGCGUCCGAGACAGCGACCUUCUGCUCGCAUGCGGCUAUUCAGGUCCUGGGAGGAAUGGGGUACGUGUCAGAGAUGCCCGCCGAGCGCCACUACCGAGACGCCCGCAUCACCGAAAUCUACGAAGGGACCUCCGAAAUCCAGCACAUGGUUAUCGCAGGAAGCGUCGUCAAGGAGUACAACUAACCACCGGCGCCAAGCACUUCGUGUAGAAGUUUUUGACUUGAUGUGGCCGUGCGGGCAUCCAUUCGCUGAUGAUGGGCACAACGGGAUAUCGAUUAGCCUAUGCGUGUCACGAGUUUGGUUGCAUUGGAACCCAAGCGUUUUUUUGUUCUGGUGGAUGUGGCGGUGCGGCAGACACAACGUGUUCGUGUUGCGAAAAAGCCGUGUGCGCCGUAGACUAGAGGUUCACACAACAACCCUCCCGUCGACUUUGUAGACAACAGAACGAAAAAAUGCAGAGCAACCUUAAGCAGCGCGGAUACGAUACGAAGCGGUACGCGCCAAUUAAUUGUGUGAUUCUGGAAGUAUGUAAAUAUUGUUGACGUUUCGUUACUGGGCGUUGCGUUGGUGGUGCUGCACAGGCCGCGAGUAAGUGCGCUUGUUUCAGAUGAAGCUACCCAGAGCCGAAGACCAUCAUUUUCGACAGGGCGCGUUGUUGCCGGCCUGUGAAGGGAAUAGUGGAAAGGCGGGACGGCCGUAAGGGGCGCAAGCCCUGCUCCCUCACACGCGAAACUGUCAAGCCCUGACGGGGGUGUCCUUAUUCUUGCUUGCUUGCCGAUCGAUCCAACUGCAACCGAACCGCAGGAGGGUCCGCACACCGUACAACCAGCACCUCUCUUGUUGUCUCCACUGUUCUCCGAUCUCUGUCCAAUACCUUCUAAAAUAAUAUCCGCACUUGCUGCUGUUGUCCGCCAAUAAGGAGGCAAUGCCGUCGUCAGAAGAAGAAUUCUACGAUCUUCUUGCCGAACAUCAACACUAAUUCGUGUGAUAGGUAAUAAACGGUGUGUCUUGGGCACGACGAGAUCGUUCGUAAAUGACAUCGGCGAGACUACUAACCGAAAGCCAGAGGAGGCUCUUUCGUGCCUAUCAGUCGGAGGGCGUUCAACUUGAACUACAAUAGUACUGCCAAGCAGGUCAAGCCCAUUGUCAGGCGAAAACUUGUCUGUUGAUGACAAGCAUAUAGUCUACCGAUAUACUUGGUGGGUGGUUCUCUUUCACUUCAAGACUGGUACUCGUACUUCAUCUGCCGCCUCGCUGUAACUUCUACGAUAGUUCUUGCAAAUAACUCCAACGUCCAUACAAACAAUCGUUACUUUUGCUGACCAAGGACAAGGAUUUUCAAUAGCUGUACAUCUCUUUGCUAUGGUGGUCCCGGUACAGCAGUGUAGUUGUAUCCGGUUGAAUAAUGAAGGUAUGAUGCCGAUGAAAAUGGUGUGUCGUUGGGUCCUGGGUCCCUCGGCGCAGAACAUUGCACGACCUCGGCGUCCUUCGAAAAGAUUCACAUUUUUAUUUCGUAAUUCUUGCGUACUGUUGUGUUUUCGUCCUAUUUAUUGCAUCGAGGUCGAUCGCGCAACCACCUGUCAUCCGAGACCCCUUCAAAUACCUCGACAGAGAGAGAACUUCGCCCGAGCUCGACAUGGCGACUUCUUCAUCUGCCGCAGCUCUUGAAGCGGAUGACGGCAGUUCGAGUCUAGCAGCGGAGCAAGCCGCCGACGACACGUAUGCAUACACGCUCAGGUGCGAAACCGGGUUCAUCGUCGCAGGUCUUCAGGAAGGAGAAGCGGCUAGUGCUUUCGUUCGAGUGCUUUGCACCCUGAUCACCGUUUCGGUGUUAUCGGCGUGGGUUACAAGGCGCGACGGCAUCUACAAGCUUCCUUUGUUCUUCAGCCACUGGCUCAGGUGCGACCUCUUGGGGCGGGUGUCUGUUUCUG